GCCGCAGAAACCACUAGGCGCUGCUGCCGGCGGGUGGUGGUGACCCCAGCAUGGAGCGGUGGCAGGCAGAAGGUGGGCGCCGGCGCCCUGGGGACCCUCCCGGAUGGAACUCGCGACCCUGGCGAGCGGUGUUCUUGGCAGCUUUCAUCCUCAGUUCUUCCUUCCUGUUGGCUCAGGGCCCACCCCUGGCAGCUAAAACGGCCUUUUACAACAUCACGAUCUCCGCGGACCCACCAGCGGCAUUAGAAGGGCGGGCUGUCAAUCUGACGCUCAAGCACAAUGCAACCAACUUUGCUUUCUGCAGCUGGUUCCGAGGGAUCGAUGUCAAAGAAAAUUUGAUCGUCACGCUCUACCUACCGCCACUCGUCGGAAACACGACUGGGCCUUCCCACACCGGGCGUGAAGUUGCAGGUUUUGGCUGCUCUCUAUUCAUUCAUAACUUACAUUUGAACGACUCUGGAACCUACGUGGUCACCAUGAACGGACCUUCAGUGCACGGGAAAGGGGACGUAAGAAUACAAGUCUUAGAAGAACUCUCAAAGCCAAUCCUGUGGCCUUCGAAAUCUUUUGUGGCUGAGAACGCAAGUUUCACGCUGAAUUGUAACACCUCCAAUAGUUCCACGGUCAGCGUUACCUGGUCCAAGGACAGUAAACCUUUCCCAACAAAUGUAGAAUUUGACCAUGGAAACCGAACCCUCACACUGCGCAAAUUCCAACAACCAGAUGCAGGGACCUAUACUUGUACGGCCCAGCACCUUCUCAGCGUCGUCACAAGCGACACCAGUACACUUACACUGGCAUACGGGCCCAAGUCUGCUCAGCUGAACCGGUCAGGAACCAUAGAGGAACCCCUCGGUUCCGGAUUGGUUCUCCAGUGUUCUGCAGAAUCCGUGCCUAAGGCCACGUUUGAGUGGUUCUUCAAUAACACGGUCAAGAAUGGGACGGAGGACACGCUCAGUGUUCACUUGAAGGACUGGGAAGAUGAAGGCACUUACACCUGCCAGGCUACGAACCCCUUCACCAAUCACACCACUUCGGCCUCUGUCUAUGUGAAAUUGACAGACGAGAGUGCGAUACAGCCCCGUAUGUCGGCUGCAGCCAUUGCUGGGACAACUAUCGGUACUGUAGCCGGAGUGGUGCUUUGCGUGAUCGUUGUCUACGUCCUGUGGACCAAGGUUUCCUGUUGGAAGACGGAACAGCACGCAUCCAAUGGAAACAUACCCUCGGGACCCGGCCACAACCAGGUCACUGAUACCAAAUCCAAACCGGGUGAAGAAGACGUACAAUAUUCAACACUAGCUUUCAACACAAAAACUACUUCUCAACCACUCUCCAAAUCCCCCCGGCCUUUGGACAGCGGUAUCAUUUAUUCUGAAAUCAAGAAAAAAUGAUUGCGGAUUGAUCUUUGUCUGGGAGAGGGGAGAGGUUAUUUAACCCCCCCCCCUCCACUCCUUCUGCUUCCUUCCUCUUUCGGCUGGGUUCCAGUGGCGAGCUUUGAUGUGGAAGACGGGAGGAUAAAAAUGAUCUUCUCCAAGAAGGAAGGACAAGAAACCACUUCCCAGGUGCUCGAUUACUGUCCAGAUGCCGCCUCGCCUCUCAAGUUGGAUGCAAAACAGCAACAACAGCGAAGUUCCUCUCCAGGAUGUAAUGAAAGGGUUGGCAGCCUCGUGCGAGAGCCAGCACGUACAUUUUUUUUUAUCAUGUUAAGACUUCCAUGUGUGCGGAGCGGGGAAGCCGUUUCAUCCCACCCACCCACCCACCCACCCCCCCAAACGGCAGGAAGCAAAACAAGAAGGUUGCAUUUUUCGUUCUCUGCCUUCCCCUCCCAUUCUCGUCCUCGCUGCGAUUCCCGAGUUGUGCCAAACGGUUCUUUGUUUUGUUUUGCAACUUGAGUUUUGGUGUUUGCCAGCCAGCUGUGGCUUCUAACCCUCCUGGGCUUUUUCGUGCCACGUGAAAAAAAAAAUUUUUUUUUUAAAGGUCUCGUUUCCUCGGAAAAGCAUAUGACGUGCUGCCGGCCCUCAUUGUUUUUCUGAAGGCAGAGGAGCUGAUUUCCCCCAGCCAGAUUCCUGCCGCUUUCUAGAUCCUCAAAUAUCCCUUGGCAUUUAUUUAUUUUUUUUAAUCGAUAGGUAGAUCAGUUGGGCUUCUGUUCUUGCAGGCUGCGGUGGGAGGCGGUGACGACAAAAGGGCAUUGUGAUUUUCCUUCUGGAACCGUUCUUUGUUUUCUCCAGAUCAGCUACACCAAAUUAGAAGACACAAAUAAACGAAGAACGAUCAGGCGCCAGAUAGCAAUGAGGGAGCGAUGAGGUUCCUGUUUGAAAAAUAACUUUUCCCAGGUUUUGUUUUUUUUAUUUUUCUCCUGCCAACUGGCAUUUGCUGGGGGCAGGAGGGAACGAAAAAGGUGAGCCCCAGGCAGACAGGAAUUUAGUUAUCCCAGUGAGGUUUUCCCGUAACUCCAGAUGAAAAUGACUUUGGUGCUUGGUUGACAAUUCCAGAACUUUGGAUGAUCUUUCUACAGAAAAAGCUUGGAAGACCAUCUCUUUUUGAGCUGGUCCCAGCUCUUCAGAUCGACAUCUGGUUAGGGCAGUACGACAUCUGCACGAGAAGAAGCAGCUUUUAAAUGACCCGCUAGCGUAGAAGGAUUGUAAAAUAACAGGGCCCAAAUGUCCGAAGAACUCCCCCGCUGCAGAAAAAAUAAAAACACUUGAGCUAGGCAGAAAGAAAGGCUGCCUCUUUGAAGGCAUCCAAGCAGAGAGAGAGAAGGUGUGUUUAGCCAAGGGUGUCUCCUCAUUUCGGGUGUAGGGUGUAGAGGGAAGCAACUCUCUUUUAACAGUUAAACGGUCUGCCUGCUUCAACUUCAUGGUAUUCGAAUUAGCCGGUCUAUCUUGUUUCCAAAUGCAAGCCAUUUAAGGUCUGGAACAGGAGAGAAGAAUUUUUUUUUAUUUUUUAAUAUCCACCGCUUGGUGUUAGGAUAGCCCAGGGAUCUGCAAACUUGGCUCUUUUAAGACUUGUGGACUUCAACUCCCAGAGUUCCUCAGCCAGCAAAGCAAAGCUUAAAAGAGCCAAGUUUGCAGAUCCCUGUCCUAUGGCAUCCCUCCACAAUUUCCCAGAGGAGUGGCACUUUUGUAGCUCUUAUUCAGAGGACUAUAAAAUACUCUGGGAGUUGAAGUCCACAAAUCUUAAAAGAGCCAAGUUUGCAGACCCCUGGGAUAGCCAAUUUAGGUCUCCCCUGCCCUUCUUUCCGCCUUCCCUGUUUCUUUCCUUUGAUCAAAAAACCAAAAAACAAAAAAACUCUUCAGCCACUCUCUACCUGGCACGAUAGCAUCUCACACAACCAGGGCCUCGCACGAUUUAAUUGUCAGGUAUGGCUGCACAGCCUGCUGAUCGCACGAAGCUUUGGCGCACAAGGACAAUGGCACAGUGUUUUGGGAAUAAGGACGUCGCAUUUAACGUUCCCGGGCUCCAAAUGAAACCAUCUGUCAUCAUCUGUGUUUUCUGGAAAGAGCGGAAUCUGCGGAGGAACUCCCCAUCCAGAGACCUCGUGUUCAUUGUCGUAUUUGGCUUGGCCGGUUGUUUUCACCGUUGGUCGUUUGAAGCUGAUUUUUCGAUGGAUGUGCCUGGAUAUCUAUUUUUUAAUUUAAAUAAAAAAAAUAAUAAUAAAACGAGGAGGGAAAAAAAAAAAGAGACGAGUUUGUAUAUCGUCAGCCCUUAAAAGAAAACAAAAAAAAAAUCAGAAUUGCUCUCGGGUCAGGGGUGGGCUUCAAAAAUUUUAGCAAACCGGUUCUCUGCUCGGUUGCUGGGUGGGCGUGGCCAUGGUGGGAGUGGCCUAGUCCGCUGCCUGCACCACAGUGGCGGGGGGGGUGGGCGUUUUUGCCCUCCCCAGGUUCCAGAGGCUUUCCUUGAGCCUCCGGGAGGGCGAGAACAGCCUCCCCCAGACUCCGGAGGUCGGAAACUGGCCCAUUUCCAGACUUCCGGUACUUCUGGUAGGCCCAUUUUUCGCCCUCCCGGAGCCUCCAUCUGGCCCCUGCACUUACCUGGCAUCCAAAACGGGCUGUGUGGAAACUGUGGGGAUGGGAGGGAUGAAUGGGGCCAGCCAGUCCUUGCAACUACCGGUUCGGCGAACCAGAUGUAAAAUUAGCAUCUGCUUCACCCAAACUGGUCCGAACCGGCUGAAUCCUACCCAGUCUCCGUUGCAGGGGAACCA